AUGGCUUAUAAUAUAUGUAACGUGUACAACUACAUGAAUGAAGAUGUAUCUGGUAUCAGCAAUAUAAAAUCGAAAUAAAUUUGAAGAGAUUUAGUCGUCCGCUAUUCUGAAAUUAUGAAAACACCUUUUGGCAGAGAAUGAUGAUUUGCUGUCAGGAGCGCAAUUAUGGCUAUGGGCAGCCCAGUCGUAACUAACAACUGAAGAUAUUUGCCCGGGCCUGCACGAUAAUACCAGAAUGUAACUGGGGGAACAACUCUUAAAAACUUUUCGUUAUCUUGUUGACAUGAGCUUGGCUACGAUGCGUUUUUGUUAUCAGUUGAUAAUAAUCUUCUCGUUUUGUCUGACAGUGACCGUUUAUAUAUCUCUGAGUUACACAAAGAUUGAGGGUUUUUUUAAAAGCGCAUCUAGUUAUCUGCCAUUAUCAUUGGCUUCACAACGCGAGGCAAAGUUGGAGUCAAAGUUCAAUAAAGUUCCGGCCAAGUUGAGUGACCUGCAGUUUUAUUCUUCGUAUCAUGUCAAAGGAUUUCUACGACUGAUGACGAGUGACUUGCACGAACCAAUAGAAGUGUGGUAUAGCAAGGAACAUAACCAAAGUAGGAUCGACUAUUACGGAGGUAACUUGAGCAACUUGUCUGUGUUUUAAAUUAAGACCUGGUCAAACGAGAGUGGCAGUUGACGAGAGUUGGCAGUCACGAAUUGUUUACGGGGGACAUUUCAAGCUUUAGAUUGACAAAAUCUAGAUUGACAAAAUAAAGGUUCGAAAGAAGAAGAGAUAUGUGUACAGUACAUAUUCGUAAAUCUAACCAGGUGUCUGGCCGGUUGUAUAUCCUCUGCACUUAGCAUAGUUUGGUUUAUUCAAUCAGGAUGACAGGAAUUAAAUUUGUUUUAGAUUAUGCUUUACAACCACAUUCAAGGCGAACAUAUACGCUCAUAUUUUACACCUAGGGGCAGUUCAUAUGAGCCAGGCCUGCCGUAGCAACCGUAACUAACUAGUGUCGGAAUAUCUGAAUACCGAAAUACAGGGUUCGUACAAAACUUGAAAGUCCUUGAAUGUCCUUGAAUUUGAAAACAAAAAUUCAAGGCCUUGAAUUUGUAAAGAAGUACUUGAAUGUCCUUGAAUUCUUCUUGCUUUAGUUUUUGGAUAUUUUCUGAAAUUGUUUGACAUUCAAGACGGACAUUUUGUUGAACUGAUUUUGCAUGUUCAUAUCUGACCUCAUUAUAAAGUUACGUUUUGAACAAUUCAACGUCAUAUUUUGCUGAUUUCUAACGCCUUCAGUAUUUAGUCCUUGAAUUUGCUGAUACAUGGCCUUGAAUGUCCUUGAAAAGUCCUUGAAUUUGACUCUUCCUGACAUGUACGAACCCUGGAAAUAUUGAAAAGGAUUUCCAUUAAUUCUCAUUGUGUUAACGCACGAUUGUGCCUAUAGUGAAACCCAUGGACAUAUUAUAGCAAAUAGAGUGAUGCCAGUAGAUUGUACAUGUGCGUACUCAAUAUGGAGAUUUUUGGGCAACUUCACGAUGUAACUAAUAGUUGGUGGACGCAGCUAUAUGAGGCUCUCUUGUAGGAAUCAAACCUGCAGCCCUUAUGAGAUUCCGGUGCAGGCUGUGCAGUGUUCUAACCAGCUGAGUUACAUGGUCCAGUUGCUGACCAUUAACCACAACUUACAACUACUCGUGUUUAUAUAAUGGAGUGAUAGAAGGCUAGACUUGCUACAAGUGCACAAGUCCUUUGUCUGAACUUCGUGAAAUAUUGUUCAUCGUGGUUACAUGUUUCACCUCGGCUAUCCCUCCAGGUGAUCUCGUGUUCGUAUUUUAGCCAAUCAGCGCUCAGAAAGGGUUGUCCGAAUAGAGAUCCAUUUUGAUGUAUUCAGUCAAUUAUAUCUUUCGUUAUUCUUCAUGAAACUAGUUGAAAUUUUGUAAUUAUGUUUGGUUAUGAGAACUAUAGCUCUGACAAAAAUAUGAAAUCGAAAGAAAGUGUAUUACAGGAGAUAUUCAGUUGUUUUAAUCAUAAAAUGGAUUUCUAUUUGACAACUAGUGCCAGUACUUUUCUGCGUAUCAAGAUCACCUGGCUGUUGGACGGUUACUUAAUUGUACGAAAAUACAAUGAGCUGAAUCACCGCGACCGUGCACAAAUUAACAUAAACUCCGACAAAAACUGAACAUAAUACAAUGACUUCUGUCGAGUUUCCAGACCAUCAUAAUUAUCUUGAAUUAUAAUAUAGGGUGUAUCAAAAAAAAGGUAAUCGAACUUCAGCGCGCUAUUAUACGUGAAUUACUCUGCGUAUGAACAAUUGGUUUUCAUAUUCGGAAAGAUCAGGCUUUUAGCUAUUGAAUGACAUGCUUUUUAUACCAAGUGGAGAAAAAAUAAGCAUGUACGAGGCCGAUUAAAAAUGUUAGUCAAAAUCGCAUAUUUUCACCUCUGUGCCUAAUUAAAACAAUGCAUAACAAAAGAAAAAAGCAAUUAAUCACGAACGUGUCGUAGCUUAGAUAAGAUUAUGAAUAUAUGUGCAGUUUAAUGAAGUGAAAUUCAUCAACUUAAGUCCUAAAGGGAAUUCAUUUUCAAUGGUUUUAGACCUCUUUCAAUGGUUUUAGAUCUCAACGGUGAAAAUAUGCGAUUCUGACUAAGAUUUUUUAUCGGAUUCGUAUUUGCUCAUUUUUUAUCCAUUUAGCAUGAAGAAGAUGUCAUUUAACAGCUAAUAGUAUGAUCUUUCCGAAUGUGAAAAAAUCUCGUUCAUACACAGAGUAAUUCAGAUACAAUAGCGCGCUGAAGUUCGAUUACCUUUUUUUUUAUACGCCCUGUAUACUAUGAUAUAAUCAUGGGCGAGCUUGAGUUCCCCGGCGAGCAAACGAGCGCGCUAAAAUCCGCACUUUAAUCUGAGCAAUUUGAGCUCAACCGCGCAGCAUAAUACGUGUCGACUUUUUAGGAAGUCUAAUAGAAUACAUGAAUUAAAUAUCGAACAUUUUGGGUAUUUCGUUCGAUACAACUAAUUGACCAUUUGCAUUAUAGACUAAAUUUUGAUCUAGACAAACAUUUCAUCACAGCUUGAAAGAGCAUCACAAAAUUAGUAAUAUUCCAAAGUUUCGUUGCGAAAUGUUGUAAAAUGCGGAUAAUAUAGCCUUGCGAAGUUUCUUGCAAUUUUCAGUCAUUUUAGAUUACAAACGGGACAGCCCAAUACCCUUUGCCCUUUGGGCAUGUGAUGAAAUUUUUGUCUAGAUCAAAAUUUAGUCUAUUACGCAAGUGGUCAAUUAACUAUAUAUAGAUGGUUUUUUUGUAGGGUACUCAUGCUCCGGACUCAAAUUGUCCUGUUUAGGAAAUCUAAAAAUAUAUAUAAAUUUGCGUUCGAAAAUUCCGUCUUCUGUUGGUAUACAUAGUCUAUUGUGAAAGAUUCACGUUGAGUGUAUAUGCCAACCAGAUUUUCUCUUCACUCCUCAGGUGAUGUGAAAACCUACCAGGACGGUCAACUCAGUUUGUUUUUAAAGAUCAUCCCGAAAUACGACUCGAUAACAAAGACUCACACGAUUGGCUGUUGGAAGAAACGUAAAAGACGCGGUGGAAAAAUUGGACCACAAAGUGUUUUACCGACAAGUUGGUCCUGGCCUUUCAAAGGGAAAUUGGACGACUUUAAGGUAUGCUCCACUUUUAGAAUUUAUUUAACGAUUAAUAAAAACUAGAGCGCAAAAUUUGCAAGUAAAACUAAUUGGUUAUUAGGUUUAACCAUUGAACUAUAAGUAAACUGAAAUCGGAUAACUGGAGAUAAACAUGCCCGUACUUGCCUGAAGCCAAAAUAGUUUUUUUUUAGUUUUGAGCUGAAAUACUUGGUCCCAAACGUUGGGCUAUAUAUCAAACUGAAGCUGUUGAAAAUGGCUAUUCGGUGUGGAAAUUUCAAGACUUUAGCGAAAAGAAAUAUAUUUUAAAAAUACCAAAACAACUGCCAUUCGGCCAAAAAAUGGCAAUUAUUUUUGUAGUUUUUAAAUAUUGCCCUUUUAGCUAAAGUCUUGAAAUUCCUACACCACAUAGCGUUUUUCAAUAGCUUUAGUUUCAUAUGCAGCACAAAGAAAAACUAAAAUGCAAUUGCUUCAAUCCCCCCCCCCCCUGAGUUAUCGUUCCAGUUUACAUAGAGUUCACUGGGUUUACUGACCACUGAUUUGAAAAUUAGAUCUGGCUAUAAAGUGAGACACAAUUGCGAUUGAACAGUUCAGUAUUUUGACAUGCAAAUAUUUAGUGAUUCCAGUUUCAGUGUUAUGAUUCAACUGCAAUUUCACAGAAUGCGUCAUCGUCAUGCGCAGUCGAACCUCUGAAUCCAUUAUGCUCGACAGUUAAUUUUAAUUAGGUGCAAGUUGUUGAUUCUUGCGAUGAGUGAAAAACAGCCGUUUGUUAAAGGCCGAUUGGUUGAAUGUUCCUCUUUGAUUGAUCUAUAUAGAUGUAAAUUACUUGCACUGAUUGUGGGGUCGUAUUACUCAUAGGUAUCAAUAUACUUUCCGCGUAUGCGUGGGCGUGCAAAAAAUAAGAUAAAUAUUUAUUUUCUCUUUCUCCUUCGUCCGCGCUCCCAAUUUCAGCGGUUAUCUUCAUGCCGGUACUUUCCAGCACAAUAGCGGGUCUCUGAGUGACCAUAGCGAGUCUCUAGCCUGCUCAGCAGCCCCCACCCGAAAAUUUGACACGGAACGAAGUUUCGGCGGUUUCGGGCUGCGAGCAGCCUAUGGCUGACUGCGCCCACUGCCAAACUUUGACCUGCCUUGACAAUAUCGAAAUCAUCGAUACUUACAAAAGUAUCGAUACCGAUACACGCAAAAAGUAUCGGUAAUUCGAUACCACUUGAGCUUGCGAUAUUUUUUGUCAGUAUUCCUGACCAAUCGCUUAAUACUUCAUGAAGGCAAUAGACUGAGAGCAAAAAAUGUUGACAUGAUGCUGUUCUUAAAAUUAACAAAACAUGUAGCUAAUUAGCAAUAUAUUUAAGGAAAACAUUGAACACGUUGAUAUUGUUUAGAUUUAAAAUCAUAAUUGCAAAUGUUAUGUUCGAUUAUUUGGCAGGUACUCCGGUUAGAGUAUUCUUUGACUUGUUAACGUUAAUGUUCUUGUUUUAAAAGUUAUUUUAAUAAAUGGAAAAAAAUUGAGUAUCGGUAUCGAUUUUGGUAUCGGUAUCGACCAAAAUUCAUGCUAUCGGACUGGUAUCGUAUCGAAACCAAAAAAGCUGGUAUCGCCCAUCACUAGUAGUAAAUGGGGCCGUAAAGCCCACAAAAAAUUGUUAUUGCAUGUUCUUUUAAAACUGCUUUUUGUACGGCAUUGCCGAUUCGACGGGUUAAGUUUAGAUUUUGUAUAUGUACAUGGAAAUCUGUUAAUGGUAAGCAGUACUAACACAUUACAUUACUCUAAUAUUAUAUACAUUGAUACGAUAUGCUGUUACUGUAUUAGUAGUAAAGGUCAUCCGUAAUUACAAACAAUGAGCUCAAUCACCGUGCACAAAUUAACAUAAACUCAGACGAAAACCGAUAACACAAUGACUUCUGUCUAUUUUCAAGACCAUUAUAUCUUGAUAUUAUCAUGUUUUGGAAGUAAUACUAUGAAUCUUUUUAAAUUGUAUUUUUUUUAGCACAUUGGUGAUGAAAAAAUAGACGGCAAGCUCUGCAUGAAAUGGCGAUUUGAACACAACAUGAUGGGGAGAAAUAAUGUUUACACGUUCUGGCUGGAAGAACGACACCCUCCUGUACCAGUUCGCUAUGAAAUGGUCGGAUAUGAUACUCUGUUAACGUCUUACUACGAUAAAUAUGUCAUUGACUACACCAGCUUCGAGAAAUGGGAGUAUGAAAAGGCAAUAUUUGAUAUACCAGAAAGUAAGGAUGCAAUAUUUCAGUAUUUUCAACCAUUCGUGAUUACUGAUUCAAAAUUUAAAAUGGAGAGAAACUCCUAUUGAAUGUGAAGAGCCAUUUUUGUGGCCGAUAAUUUAUAAUCAAUAAACUUUAAGCUACGGAUACACGGGCAAUAUUAGAGGAGAAGUUCAGAUUUGACUGUUGGAGGUGGUAGGAGCAGUAGUAGAGGUCAAAUGUGAACCUCCGAAAUUUCCGACAUUUCACGAAAAGCAUUAAAGAAAUGCUCCCACGUCAUAGUGCCAUUCAUUACCACAAAUAAUGCAGGUGUAGCCAUUAUGGGCGACAACAAUACAAUAUUCUUCUCUACUGUUGCGUUACCAUCGCUGCAAAAAUAUUAGUCGUGUAUCCGUGUAUUAAUCUUAAAGUUCAAAAGUUUAAAUACUGUCAGUGACAAUUAACAUUAGGUCUAUGUGGGUCACUAUACCAGUCCUAUUUUCCAUGAAAACGUCGGGUUGAAUAUAUCAAUUUGUUUUUUACUAGUUCCUGGAGACAGUGGUUGUUGGAACGCAUCUGCAGAACUCCAAGGUGAAGAAGGAGAGUAUUUCAUGAAUCCAAUUGCUGAGUUCAUAGCACCGCAUGAUGGAGACGACCCGGUUGAAAAAGAAUUUCAUCGAUAUAAGGAGGUCCAUGGAAAGAAAUAUGACGAUAAGGAACAUCUGGAAAGAAGACAUAUCUUUAGGCAUAAUGCAAGGUGAGGGAAAAUUCCAUUAAGCACAUCUGGAAAAGGUUUUUAAUGUUUCUCGGAUCCUGAAUUUGCCUUUUCAAGUUUUCCUUUUAAAAAUGUGUGCAAAACAAUGGAAAAUUCGACGGUACAUUACACCAAAUUUGAACGUUGAACAACACCUCACAAUCUCAAAUGACAGAUAAGGAAGUAUGAUAUAAUGAUGCCUUAAGAUUCUCCCGUAAAGUAUGUGUGAAAAAUUAAAAUGUCCCUUUAAAGGCAAAAGACAAAUGUUCCCCCAGUAUUCUAAGAUCCCACUUUUUCCAGAUUGGCCGGUUCGUUAUUGGAUAUGAUACAAAUAUUUUACGUGCGGAUAGGGCGAUCUCAUGCGUUUAAUCUACCCCAUUAACCAAUCAGUUUAAUUUACUCCGUUAACCAAUCAGACGAGUUUAACCCACCCUGUUAACCAAUCAGUUUAAAAUACUCCAUUAGCCAAUCAGAUGCGUUUAGCCAAUCAGAUGCGUUUAAGCUACCCCAUUAACCAAUCAGUUUAAUCUACUCCGUUAGGGGUCAUGUUACCACAAAUAACGUCGAAUCGACAUUAUAUCUUCACCCACUCCAGAUAACGUCGAUCGAUAUUCAGCCGUAUUUUGACUUUCGUAUUUAUCAUACUAGAAAAUACAUGCAUGCAGAAACCCUCGCCUUGCUGACAAAACCAUUGUAUUUUCCGAACAUGAAGUUCUAAAGUAGUUGUCAUGGUAACACGAUAAUUUUUUAAGAAUAUUCUUACAAAUGAAAAAUCGCCUAAAAAUAUCACUUUUAAUUACAAAAUUAUUAAUUUCCCAACAUAAAUAUAUGUUAGGUAUGUUUUUAUACGUAAUAUAAGCCUCAAUUUAAGGUAAAAUUCAACCACAAACACUUCGCAAAACGUUUUAAAGUCACUAGUGUUCAUUAUAAAACUAAACUGCCUUUUAAAAUGGCUUUAUCGAUAAACUUUGAGUUAGCAAUAAAAUGAUUUCAAAUUCUGGCUUGCAAAUAACUCAGUGCUUUCUUUUUUAUUUAGAAAUUCAAUAUCAUAAAAAAGGGAAUCAAUAUUAAAGAUACACUAAAAUUAUAUGCUGUUUGUUUAGUUGUUUCAUAUACGCAAAGGCCGUCGGGUUUUAAAGCCAUUAUAAAAUCAAUAUUUAAAACAAACUUACCUUCGUUAACGUCGGCUCCCUUCUUUUAGACGAUUCUUUCGCAGUUUCAUUUUGAGAGAGCUUUUGAAAUUUACAAAAUCUUGCAAAAAUGCGAGUAAAAAUGAAAUAUAUUUGCAAGAAAUUUAUCAAUCAUCAAAUCAAGAAAUGUUUGCUAUUUCGCUGUCGUGAUACAUUCGUGCCAGUCGUUAUAAUGCAAAAUUUAAAUUGGACCAAUCAGUGUCCGCUAUUCAUGACAGUCCGCCAUAUUUUUGAGAUCAGUGAGGAUGACCACCCAUCGUUGGUCACCCACGCCCGCGAUAUUUGAUGAACUUUAGACUCCGCUAAUGCUUUCGUUUCCCCGGGUGUAAAUAGCCGGGGGGAAUUAGUACCCUCGCACGGCGCUUCGCGCCGUCGGCUCGGGGACAAAAUCUGUACUGUCAUAGUUAUAUUUUGGACAUUAAUUGUCAAAUUGCCACGAGAUAACGUCGAUAAGUUCACAUAAAAACACCCCCACUCAUAACGUCGAUUCGACGCUAUUUGUGGCAACAUGAAUAUGGAUAUAGCUCCUAAACCAAUCAGAUGCGUUUAAUCUACCCCAUAUUAACCAGUCAGAUGGGAGGUUGCUGCAGUGGAAGUCAAAUCUAACCACUCUGGCACUAUGAGCUUUAUCAGAGUUAUUGCAUGCCAAACCUAACGGGUGAAUCCAAUUCUUCAAUUUAGGUUCAUCAAUUCGAUAAAUAGGAAAAACCUUACCUUUAAGCUGAAGCCUAACUCAUUCACCGACAUGACAGAGGGAGAGUACAACCUGCACAAGGGAAGUCUGCCUGAUUAUCCAGUGGAAUUAAGAAAAAAGAAGAGGAGACCUAUGCUUUAUAUCACUGAAAAAUACAAGCCUCGUAGGAAGUCGCCUACGAUUCCUGACCAGCUGGACUGGAGGGAAUAUGGUACGAAAUACAAUAAAGAGUGUACAUAUUACACAUAUUUAGACCUGACCAGCAGCGCCUUCGAAAAAUGAAACUAUGGGCCCUCUGGUAGGAAUCGAAUCUACGGGCCUGCGACUCCAGUGCCUCGCUCUGAACUACAGAGUCCAGUUGUCGAGCUUUAACAGCAAGUUCAUGUAUACCGCCAGACGGCCUAUAGUUGGAUUUUUCGCAUAAAUAGAACUUCGACGUUUCGAGCGAAGACUCUUCGUCUGGAGCAUAUGGCUCAUCGUACUCAUUCCAUAAUAAAGUCGUACUCCAUUCCUUAAUAAAGAUAUUACCAAUAUUUACACAAUAGCUUCCCCCCUUCCCCCCAAAAAUAGAAACGACAACAUGGGCCACAGCCUACACCCUUGCUAUCAAGUUACCAAAAGUUAAAAAGUCAAGGCGUGACAUUCUUCUCAGGCCGCCAAACAACAUUCUAGAACUCCGAUCUUGUCAUCAGGUCGCCGCAUUUUCCCGGAAUCUCAUCUUCUGACUUCUUCCUUGUUCUCGGCGGUCUCUUUGUGCGAAUCCCGAAAGCCUGUUUUUGGAAUCCCGAAAGCCUGUUUUUGGUACUUAGAACGAGUUGGCCGAUGUGAUCUUUAAUAUAUUUAUCGCCACAGGUGCCGUGUCCAAACCCCGUGGUCAGGGUACAUGUGGUGGCUGUUGGGCUUUUGCCGCUAUCGGAGCCAUUGAAAGCGCCAACUUCAUAAAGGUCAGUCUCUGUGGAAAUUAAAACACAGACGUGCAUAGAUUUCUUCAAUUUUUUCACGCUUCUCAAGUAAUGUUGAGCCAGUAAUAUCGAUCAUAGAAAUAUCCAGCAUGGAUCUCUUUCGAGUUUCGAUAGUGAAAUUACUUGAUAGCAAUAUUUAUAGUGAAAAACUUGCCCUGUCAUAUUUUGAAUACCCCUCAAAAACGCGUGGAAAUGAGAGAAAAAUCUCCUUGAAAGAUUUCUAAAAUGAUAAAGGUGUGGGAACCCUGAAGAAAAUAGCAUGUUGGAUUUUAAAUUGUAGAAGGGUUUUGUAGGUGGAAAUUUCUAGUAUGAAUUUUGUACAUUUAUUAGAUCUAACCAGGGGCGGUUACAGUUAGGUCGAUAAUAAACCUCAGUCGGACAAAUAAUAAACCAACGCUCUAUAAGGCCAAAAAAAAUAUGUGGGUUUCCGGUUUCUUCUUAUGAAAACUAGGGUAGGUCGGUUUUAACUUUUUUUUAAAACUUUUUUUGUAAAUUCCUAACAACCGGACGCCAUUUUGUUUAGUCAGUGCUUCCACAUCCAAAGAUAAGUUUCACUAAUAUUGCCUCAAAUUUCAAUUUCCCACAAACGUUUUCCUCUAAGUGGAAACACACAAGCAUGAUCCAAUAAAAUAGUUUAGGGUCGGGAUUUCGAGGUCCAAAAGCUAGGUAGGGUCGGGAAACCGGAAACCCACAUAUUUUUUUGGCCUAACCAACUGAGCUACAGAGGCCAGUUGUCGAGCUCUAGCCGCAAAGAUACCCAGAAUCCUGAUAUUUACCCAUACACCUUACACUGGUAUCACCUUAGAAUAUAUACAUGAACUUGUGGUUAGAGCUCGACAACUGCAUGGCCUCUGUAUAGCUCAGUUGGUUGCAUAAACUUUAUUUUGACACGGUAGAAUCAUCAGUAAAAAUUUACAUAAUAUAGAUGUAUAUAAAGUGUAGAAAAAGGAGGAAGAGGAAAAAAUACAAAUGCUAUUUACAAAAGACAGAACAGUACUGAUUUACAUGAUUGCCGUGUAUGAAUCUAAGCUAACCAACAUUCUAGACCUCGUUUAAAAGCACUAAGAGAUUGCGCCGAACGAAGUUCAGUUGGCAAACUAUUCCAUAAAACAGCUCCAUCGUAUAGCUGAGUGAGCGCUUUAGAUAAUCUGUAUGUGGCUUAGGGACAAAUAAUGUAUUUUCAUUGUUUCUCAAUCUGUAAGGACAAGAUCGCGAAGUAAAUGUGUCUUGUAGAUAUUCCGGUACCCUCUUAUUUAUAGUUUUAUACAUAAGAAUUGCUUUAAGCUUUUUGCGAUUAAUAGAUAAAUAUCGAGUGUAGAUGCCAAAAACACCUGACGUUGGAUUCCAAACCUUAUCGAAGAGGUGAAAAGGCAUUCACCAUCUAACUCUUCACAAUUUUGCAUCAUAUAUAGACAGGAAAACUUGUUCAACUUUCUGAACAACAAAUGGUCGACUGCACGUGGAAAGUGAAAGGAGUUUGGAAAGGCAAUGGUAACCAUGGUUGUCAUGGAGGUAUGGCGUGGAAAGCGUUAUUCUGGGCUAAGACUAAUACCAUAGCAACGAGCGAAAGCUACGGACCAUACAGAGGCCAGGUACGUUAGUUUGUUGAGCGUUAUUCUGAUAGACGGUUUGACCUGAUUAUUCACUCUUUAUUCACUAUUCGUCAUUUUACAUCUUUGGCAUAAAUGCGCUUUGUUCGUUCAAAUAGUCGCAUGAAUUACAAACAAAUUUCAUGAAUCCUAGCUAAGGGGAUUUUGAGAGUGUUUCCAAAUUUCAAGGGUGUGUAUACCUGUCAAUUACCCGGAAUCCAUAAGAACCGUUCCAGAAUAAACUAUAUACCUGUGGUUGUUCUAUCUUUUACAGCCAAGUGCAAGGCGAGCGCUCAUAUUUCACAUUGACAUUACAAUGGGUUAUUUUAGGAACUCUUGGAGUAUUGGACCUAUUAUUUUUAACCUAUAUGUCAUCGAAACAAACAUAUAAACAUCAUGGGCCAUUUUAAUAUACUGCGUCACAUAUUAGUAUUAAAGUGCAUAUGAUAUGAAAUUUCUUAUUUUCUUAAACGAAACAACUCUUUAAGCUGUAGUGUAACUUAUUUUUCAGUUUCUUGUUAUUAUGGUUUGUUCCCGAGAUAUUUCAAUUUGUUUGAUAUGUAAAUGAGUGUGAAUAUGUCCGCUAAUUUAUGACGUCAUGUUGGUUGCAAGCUUAACUUACACUGGUUAUAAAUCUAUUAACUCUAAAAACUGUAGAUACCUGUUCGCGUUUUUCUACAGUGUUUCAUCACAUUUACCAGUGAGUGAAGCUUGAAAUUAUCAUCUUGGAUAAUAGCAGUGAUAUUCAACCAUUUUGACGAGCUUGCAACCAACAUGACGUCAUAAAUUAGAGGACAUAUUCACACUCAUUUACAUAUCAAACAAAUUGAAAUAUCUCUGGAACAAACCAUAAAAACAAGAAACUGAAAAAUAAGUUACACUACAGCUUAAAGAGUUCUUUCAUUUAAGAAAAUAAGAAAUUUCAUGUCAUAUGCACUUUAAAGGUUUUAGAGUUCUGUCUUACAUUUAGUGUAUUUUUAAAGUUUGAAAACGUUUUUCAAUUUUGAUGCCACCACACUAGUAUAUAUACUUCGUAUAAAAACCAUGAAAAUAAGUUUUGAAAAUGGUAUUUUAAUUUUUUUUUGAACAUUUUAGUUUAAAUAUUUUAUUUGAUAAAAAUUUGAUUUACGUUAUUGAAGAUCAGGGCUACGGUAAAUAAAUAUCAACUGUCCAUAUCGGUAUGCAAAUAUAUACAAAGAGCUUAUAAAUAUAAUCAUUAAUGAAAAUAAAUUUAAUAAAUAUAAAUGUAAACGAUAACCAUUGCAGGAAGGAUAUUGUAAAACAGAGAACAUAACGGCAGGGGCAAAGAUUUAUGGGUUUAGACGAGUGAAGAAGCAUAGUGCCAAAAGCUUGAGACGGGCCAUAGCCUAUCAUGGACCAGCGGCUGUUGCCAUUAAUUCGCAUCUGAUGACACUGAAGUUUUAUAGUCAUGGGGUAUUGGACGAUGAACAAUGUGGUAAGUGGGUAUGUGUAUAACGCAAAUUUCACCCCCCCCCCCCCCCCCCGCCCAUUUUGUAGAAUUGCAUAAAUCGCAAAGAACACUAAUUCUGAGUAUGGGUAAGUUUGACUAACUUUGACAAUAUGCACUAUAUGCAGUACUAAUAAACUAAAGUGUGAAAAUAUGCAUAUUUAUUUUUCCUAAUUUGAAUGCCGCAUGAUAUCGUCAUAACAGAGAACAAAAAUGUCGAAAUAACUUGAAGAGGUAAUGACUGGAUCAAUUCUCUGUAAAUAUAUAACCAAUUCCCAAUUUUCUAACUAACUGAGUGCACGAAUAAAACAAUUCUGGGGGGGGGAGUUUUUAUCUGGAAAGGAUAUCCUAUAUACCACCCUUAUCACCAGCUAGACCCCAAAUCACGACCAAGGCUCGAUAAGAACCUCCCCCUCACCCAAGAUCUGGCUGAUCUAUAUACCCAAGCUAUGCUGCCCAAGGCGUAAGACAAACAUGCAUGUAGAUUUAUUUUUAUGGAGUUAACCACGUAGCCAUGCAACCUUUAAAUGCAGUUUAUAGUCUAUAUACGCCAGCGCAGCCAUUAAUUUUAGCUUGGCUUGAUAACUACCUCUAUAUAAUUUUUGGAGUUUGUUCUUCAGUAACUCUAGGUUUAAAUAACGAGCUGCACACGAUUGUUAGCCAGUAACCCUGGGUUUAGAAAAGUAACUCACGUGUCUAAGGUGCCUUCACAUAAUUUUUGCAGUUGCGCUGUAAUUCCUGAAUUCUUAAUUCGACUACGUUUUGAAGCUUUGAAUUUGGAGUUGUCCUCUUCAUGCUAUGAAGGUAGCGUCGCUCCAAGGCUCCCGAACUUCUCCAACCAUGAGGCACUCAAAUUAAAAAUUCUCUCUUUGCCUUUUGACAAGCUAACUCGACAGAUCAUGCUGUGUUGGUAGUCGGUUACGGCAAGGAAAAUGGAGUGAAUUACUGGCUAGUGAAAAAUUCUUGGUCAACAUUGUGGGGAGAUGGAGGCUACAUGAAGAUCAAGGAAGAUAAAUGUGGUAUAUUGAAGAAACCCGUGAUUGUACUGAAUAAACAUAUUAAAUCAUAUCCAUGGCAUAAGAAGUCCAAGUGGAAAAAAGGAUUUAACAAACGGCAUAAAAAGUCGAAGAGGAAACGUAAAUACAAAAAGAAAAGUAAAAAAGGAUGUCAUAAAAAGCACAAACGGAAACAUGUACGGAAGCAUAGGCACCAUUAGCUAAAGUUAGGUAGGGGCCGGGAAAAAACCUGAAACAGAUCCCAACAUUUGUAAUUGCAACACGAUGGAGGAAAGUUUUCAAUUUUUUCAUCGAAAUGUUCCUUUGGGAAACACUUGUCAUAACAAUAGUACCAUGCAGUCACGAUCUAGGCUGCGGGAUUUGACCAUGUAUUAUGCGUACCGCCCUCUCUCAUGUAUUAAGACUAAAAUUACAACUAAAAAUAAAUGUAAACAAACAAACAGCUCAAUCGUAUCAAACACACAUUUUACUGUGGCCAAAAACAAUGUUUUUCAACAAGGACAUCUCCUAUGGCGUUGCAGAAUUAACCGGUGGAGUUUCGAAUAUUUAGAAGCUUUUAAUUUGCAAACCAUUGUUAUUGCGCGAUUC